AACGGACCGUACGGACCACACGGCCCAGGAUCAGCAGCUGCUGCUGCCGCUGCUGCUUCAUCAGGACCAAACGGACCAUACGGACCAAACGGACCAUACGGACCAUAUGGCCCAGAAGGACCAAACGGCCCAGGAUCAUCUGCUGCCGCCGCUGCUUCAUCAGGACCAAACGGACCACACGGACCAUACGGCCCAGGAUCAUCAGCUGCUGCUGCCGCUGCUGCUUCAUCAGGACCAAACGGACCAUACGGACCAAACGGCCCAUACGGACCAAACGGACCAUAUGGACCAAACGGCCCAGGAUCAUCAGCUGCUGCUGCCGCCGCUGCUGCUUCAUCAGGAUCAAACGGACCAGUGGUUGUGAUUGAAGAAGGACCAAACGGACCAAAUGGACCAAACGGCCCAGGAUCAUCUGCUGCCGCCGCUGCUUCAUCAGGACCAAACGGACCAUACGGACCAUACGGCCCAGGAUCAUCAGCUGCUGCUGCCGCUGCUGCUUCAUCAGGAUCGAACGGACCAGUGGUUGUGAUUGAAGAAGGACCAAACGGACCAAACGGACCAAAUGGACCAAACGGCCCAGGAUCAUCUGCUGCCGCCGCUGCUUCAUCAGGACCAAACGGACCAUACGGACCAUACGGCCCAGGAUCAUCAGCUGCUGCUGCCGCUGCUGCUUCAUCAGGACCAAACGGACCAUACGGACCAAACGGCCCAUACGGACCAGGAUCAUCGGCUGGCGCUGCCGCCUCAUCAGGACCAAACGGACCAAACGGACCAUACGGACCAUACGGACCAAACGGCCCAUACGGACCAAACGGCCCAGGUUCAUCAGCUGCCGCCUCUGCCACCGCAUCAUCAGCCGGACCAGAAGUAGUUAUUAUCGAAGAACAAGGAUCAUCAGCUGCUGCUGCCGCUGCUGCUUCAUCAGGACCAAACGGACCAUACGGACCAAAUGGCCCAUACGGACCAGGAUCAUCGGCUGGCGCUGCCGCCUCAUCAGGACCAAACGGACCAAAUGGACCAAACGGACCAUACGGACCAUACGGCCCAGAAGGACCAAACGGACCAUACGGACCAAACGGACCAUAUGGACCAAACGGCCCAGGCUCAUCAGCUGCUGCUGCCGCUGCUGCUUCAUCAGGACCAAACGGACCAUACGGACCAAACGGACCAUAUGGACCAAACGGACCAGGUUCAUCAGCUGCCGCCUCUGCCACCGCAUCAUCAGCCGGACCAGAAGUAGUUAUUAUCGAAGAACAAGGAUCAUCAGCUGCUGCUGCCGCUGCUGCUUCAUCAGGACCAAACGGAUCAUACGGACCAUACGGACCGCAAGGAGCAGGGUCGUCGGCCGCCGCCGGUGCUAGUGCUGGUUCAGGCUACGGCCGCGCAGGCCUGUUUGGCGCUUGCAGACUCACCCGCAGACAAUUCGUUGUCAAGAUCGGCACCAGGCGUCAACCUUGCCUGACCUGCUAAUUUUCUUAACUUUUUCACAUUUAUUUUUUUAUUGGAUACAUCUUUAUUUUGUUUCUUUAUUAUUAAAUUCUGGCAUCU